UGUUUCAACAACAUGAAUAUUAACUUAUGGUUCACAACAUGGUAAGAUUGAUUUUGGAUGUGUUAAUAGGUUUGAUGACGGGUUAUUGGAAAUGUCAUUUUGAACAUUCCAUCCUGUCUACUGGUUUCACUGACUCUAUCAAACUCUCUUUUUGUUUUCUUUCCUGACAGACAUUACCUUAUAUGGUCGGAUGGGAUUACAAAACGCGGAUACAUCAGGUGAAAUCAAACUUGAAGAACAACAAUCGCAAAUACAUUCCAGUCAAAACACUAUGAUGCGGUCAACAAAUAGUGGAAACAUAGCAUCAGAAGGUUUGUACCCACCAUCCCUGACUGUAAAUACAACAUUACCCCAUUGUGCAACAAACUCAUCACAUGACUGGAUCCAUCAACAGCAACAACAACAUUAUCAUCAUUAUUAUUAUCAUCAUCAUCACCAUCAUCCUAAAACAUCUACUGGUAUUAUCCCUCCUAUUGCUUCACUCUCUUGGUCUACUACUUUUGGUUUGUCUUCUUAUACAACAUGGAAACCAAUAGAAUCGAGGAUGUAUGAAAACUCGGGCUCUUGUUUUAGAACAUCCUUACCAGCACCAUCAUCAUCAUCAACAAUACAUGCGGAGUACCCGUCCAUCCACCCCAGUAAACCAGAGAUGACACAGAAUAUCAAAACUCCAUCUGUAUCACCAACCACAGCAUACAAACAUCAACAAGAGGAAGGUCAACAACCACAGAUGGAAAGAGAAGAUAUUAAGCGACAACUCUUUUUGGAAAAGAAUAGAAAAGCUGCAUCGAAAUGUCGUCAAAAGAAAAAGGAAUGGCUUGCACAAAUGCAGAACAAUGUUGAAUUAUUUUCGGAAGAAAAUGAAAAACUGCAACAACAGGUGAUCAUGCUGCGCGAAGAAGUGGUGGGUUUGAAGACAUUGUUGUUUACUUGUAAGGAGUGUCCCCAGGCUCAAGCAAAUGGUGUGGAUGGAUUAUCGAUGACUCCUUAUUGACACCAUCAUGGUUAUUAGAAAUGAAUUAGAUGUGUAUAAUAUAAAAUAGUAUGGUGGAU